UCGCUCGUUGCUGUGUACUACCACUCAGCAGGCGCAUUGCUGUUUCAGAAUUCUCGCGAGAAGACGCUGCUGAGAGUUUUUCUUGUCCGUUAGAAUUAGCAACAACAAAAAAGCUGGUCGCUGUGACGACAUCGCUCCGCGCCGCAUGUUUUGGAGAAAGAAGUCCCUUGGAGUACCAUCUGUUUCGUCUUCCUUCUUAAUCUGUUGAUUCUUGUGACAGUCGGACCCGAGGAGCCAUAUCUUAAUCAUGUCUGGAAGCUUCUACUUUGUAAUUGUAGGUCAUCAUGAUAAUCCAGUAUUUGAAAUGGAAUUUCUACCAGCUGGUAAAGUAGAGUCUAAGGAUGACCAUCGCCAUCUCAAUCAGUUCAUAGCUCAUGCUGCUCUUGACCUAGUAGAUGAGAACAUGUGGCUGUCUAAUAAUAUGUAUCUGAAGACUGUAGACAAGUUUAAUGAAUGGUUUGUUUCUGCUUUUGUCACUGCAGGACAUAUGAGAUUUAUAAUGCUUCAUGACAUAAAACAAGAAGAUGGAAUCAAAAACUUCUUCAGUGAUGUCUAUGAUUUGUAUAUAAAGUUUGCAAUGAAUCCAUUUUAUGAACAGAAUUCUCCGAUUCGAUCAACUGCAUUUGACAGAAAAGUUCAGUUUCUGGGGAAAAAGCAUCUUUUAAGUUGAAUUACUGUAUCUGUAUUAUAACUUAAACAGUUUAUUGUAUAUUUGACACUUUCUGAACUUAUAAAGAUUAAUCCGCUACCAAAAGAA